AUGGUCAACGUCACUUACGACGCAUCUGGUACUCUUACCACGACCGACGCAGACGGCGUCGUGAACGUAUACAACAAUGGUGACAUUGCAUGGACUCUUGCUUCCACUGCGCUUGUGUGGAUUAUGAUCCCCGGUGUGGGGUACCUGUAUUCGGGACUGUUGAGGAGGAAAAAUGCACUUGGUCAAAUUUAUAUGAGCGUUAUGGUCUUGGCCGUCGUCUCUUUUCAAUGGUUCUUCUGGGGCUACUCCCUCGCCUUCAGCGAGACUGGUAGCAAAUACAUUGGCGACCUCAAAUACUUUGGUCUCAAAGGUGUCCUUGACGCUCCUUCAAUGGGUAGUGUGCGCAUACCUGCACUCGUUUUUUGCGUGUACCAGCUUAUGUUCGCUGCAAUCACCCCCAUGCUUGCGGUUGGCGCCCUCGCAGAACGGGGACGUUUGGGUCCUGUACCCAUAUUCGUCUUCGUGUGGUCGACCAUAGUCUAUGAUCCCAUAGCUUGCUGGACCUGGUCGGCGAAUGGAUGGUCCUUCAUCAUGGGUGGUCUCGAUUUCGCUGGUGGAACUCCAGUCCAUAUCUCUUCAGGGACUGCUGCGUUGGCUAUCAGUAUUUAUCUUGGCAAGCGAAAAGGCUGGGGAACUGAGCGGCUAUCAUAUAAGCCCCAUAACACCAGUUAUAUCAUUCUAGGCACCGUGCUGCUUUGGUUUGGAUGGUUUGGUUUCAAUGGCGGCAGUGCCCUAAGCGCCAACCUGAGGGCAGCCCAGGCAUGCAUAGUGACCAACCUCGCCGCUAGCGUCGGAGGUUUGACAUGGAUGUUGUGGGAUUACCGCCUGGAAAAGAAAUGGUCCGCAGUCGGUUUCUGUUCCGGUGCCAUUUCAGGACUAGUGGCAAUCACCCCCGCAAGUGGUUUCGUAGGAGCACCUGCCUCGGUGCUUUUCGGAGUUAUGGCUGGUACAUGUUGUAACUUUGCUACUCAGCUCAAAUUCGUUUUCGGAUACGAUGACACUCUCGAUAUCUUCGCCUCUCAUGGUAUCGGCGGCAUCGUCGGAAACAUUUUGACAGGGCUAUUUGCUCAGGCCUCGGUCGCUGGGUUUGAUGGCAUCACUGUUAUCAAUGGAGGCUGGAUCGAUCACCAUUACAUCCAACUUGGGUACCAGCUCGCCGACAGUGUCUCUGGCGUGGCGUAUUCGUUCACAAUGACAACAAUCAUUCUUUGGAUUAUGCACUUUAUCCCCGGAUGCCGCCUGCGCCUAAAUGAGGAUGUGUCAGAAGAAGCCCAGGCAGUCGGUAUGGACGACUACGACAUGGGCGAGUUCGCGUACGACUAUGUUGGACUGGAGCAGGAGCUUGCUGGCGAGGACAAUGAUGCACUCGGCGUGACGACUGGUGGCCGAGAACCCCAUCAUCAUGUGCAUCAACACCAUCAUGACAGCGGAUCUAGCAGUGUAGAGGAGAAGAAGGAGGUCGCAACCAUUACGCCUGCAUAA